AUGCAUAUGUCACAAAACACCAUAAUGUCAGCAAAACAUUAGGGAGUUUCAUUGAAUGCGUCGGUUCAGCGAGUUUUGCUGGUGUUAAAUAAAAAAAAUUCCAACGGAGUGGAGGGUUUCACCCUCGCAAUGAGUUUUUUCUUUGUGUUGAAUCAAAUAGAAGAUAGAUAAUAAUUAUUGUUACAUCUCGAACAUCUCAUCAUGCCCUGUACCGUUCCUACCUGUUUAACCACGGAUGGAACGUUUAAGCUUUUUCCGCGGUACGACCUGCUUUCGGAACGGUGGCUCAAGGCAAUCCUGGUCGGCACUGGACUGCCGGUAGCAGUUUGUGAUAAGCGGGAACUGUCCCAGUACGAGAUCUGCGAGCAACAUUUUACGACCGUACAGGACACGCAACCGGAGGAGUGUUGGUACCAGGAACCGACUCUGUUCUAUCAUUGCAACGGUGAUUUACUGGAAGUUGGUAGCUGCCGGUUGUGCUUAAACUUUCAUCCCAGUACCAAUAUGAUUGCCAUACGCAAUAUGCUGGAGGGAAAGAUUGUCCCUCCCAUUGUGUUUCAAAUAUUGAACAUUCACUUUAAGGACGAUGAUCUCCUGCAGAUGAUAUGCGGCGAAUGUAUCGCUCGUGCCGAAAUAUUACAUUCAAUCUGGGCGGCGUUUCUUGCAGCUGAGAAAGAUUUUACGAAGUUGGUAGCGACAGCACAAACCUCGGCACUGGAGAUUCACAGUAAAAUUGUUUUAGAACAUCCGUCCGUAGAUGCGUUCAUUGAGGAAACAGAACUAUGUAGUAUCGUAGAAGCUGAGAACGAACAGCCGUUGCAAUUAACACCACCUCCAGAUGAACCAUUGCUUAGGUCACCUUUCACAACAACCAGAUGCAGAAACUCGUACAAGCAAAAGACGAAAUCGGUUGCAUUGAAAGCCGUCGUUGGUAGAAAGUGCUACAUCUGCGUAACCGUUUUCGAAGACGCAAACGAGCUACUCCAACAUUUGUCGGAAGUACAUGCCACAAACGUGGGAUACCGUUGCGAAGAAUGUUUUUUGAAGUUCCGUCAGGUUAUCGCAUAUAACCGUCAUUUGGGUCGACAUGAAACAAAAGAACGACCGAACAAGUGUAGCGUCUGUCAGCUUGGAUUUUCUUCCCCAAAUCAGGUGAAGGUCCAUGAAAACAAAGCUCAUGGAAUUAAAAAUAAUGCCAAAAUUCGUUUACCAGUGACGGCAUUGAAAAGCUGUAAUAUUUGCGGAAAAACAUUCAGGUGUAACUCUAAACUGAACUUUCACAUACGAAGGGUACACAACAGCCAGGGGGUUCCUACCUGUAACAUAUGCGACAAGACCUUCACAGCUAAGUCAAGUUUGGAACGACACAUGCUUUUACACACGCAAGAAAAACCUUUCGUUUGCGACUUGUGUGACACCAGCUUUAGUCGUUCGCUUGAUCUUAAGAAUCAUGUAAGAAUGGUGCACGAAGGUUUAAAUCCUCACGUUUGUGGCGAAUGUAGUGAACAAUUCAAAAACUAUCACGCUCUUUGCAAGCAUCGUAAGAUUGUUCAUUUAAACAGACCUCCGCCAGCGGUACCGUUUAAGCCGUAUCACUUGAUCUGUAAGCUCUGUAAGCGACCUCACAGAAAAUCUAGUGAACUGAUCGAACAUAUUCAACUGGACCACUCUAAUGAAACGUAUCCAUACGUACAGUGUCCGGAUUGUCCAAAAACGUUUUUGUCUACUCAACAUCUGAGUUGCCAUAAAGAGAUUCAUACGGACAAGUACACCUGUAUUUACUGUGGCGUGCGCAAUGCGACAAUUUACCGGCUGCAAACUCACGUCGAAAAUCAUCACAAUGAAGAGCGUAGGUAUGACUGUCCAAUCUGCAACAGUAAAUCGUACAAAUCGGCAUCCGCCCUGCGAACGCACGUGCUCACCCAUAGCCGCGGGAAGCAAUAUCGGUGCGAUAUAUGUCGGAAAGAUUUUAUGCGAAAGGAUCAGUUGAAUAUACAUCGCCGAAUCCAUACAGGGGAGAAACCUUUUAAGUGUGAAAUCUGUCAGAAAAGAUUCAGCGAUGGUGCAUCGUACUGCAAGCACAAGAAGCGCUGCUUGCGAUUGUCUUUGAACAGUGAUGAGUCUGUUUGAGGGGCGCUGAAAGCAGCUCAUGAUCACGAAGGAUUCACAAAGGCUGUACUAUUGAUACGUUUAAGUUAUAUUGCCUAUAAGCUAUACCAAAUUGUAGUAUGUACAGUCUAAAAGAAUUUACAUCACCACAGGAUAUUUCAAUCAAUAUAAUGCAAAAUACAGCUAAUAAUCUCUUAUUGAAUAGUUUAUUUGCGAGCCACACA